AUGGAAGGACUUCAGUUCAAAAGCAUCAUACAGUGCAAACCGUUCAGGUUUCUCGUUGGAGUCAAGAAGUACGAGUUUUUCGUGCAUCCAACCCUCAUAUCUCACCACUCGCGACCUUUGAGUGUCCUCAUGAAUGGCAGCAUGCAAGAAGCUAUAAAUGGCUACGCAUCGAUCGACGAUGUCGAUGGGGACACCUUUGCCCGCUUCGUGGAGUACCUUUACACUGGCGAGUAUCCGGCUGCGGAGCCCUUGCUCUUGCUAGACGACGGCGCCAUUGCACAACAACAUGCCGACCAAGUGAGAGACUCAGCUCUGCCACCAGAGCUGCAAGAACAGCCAGUGCAUGCCGAGCAAUCCACUACGAUGAAAGAUGCACUCCCAGCGCAUGAGCACGAUCCCUGGACCGCGUUUUCGACGACGACGACAAAAACCCGGAAGAAGCCCAUGACUUCGCAGCAGAGAGCGUGGCGGGAAUUUCAGUCUAUCUCCUUUGAGGUCUGCGCUGCGCGGCCAGAUUCUGCACCGCGAGCGAACCAAGAAGCUUAUGAAGGUUACACCGACGUGUUUCUCUCUCAUGCAAAGAUCUAUGUCUUUGCAGACAGAUAUGACAUCAACAAUCUGCGGUCGCUCUCGCUUCAGAAGCUACACAACACCUUAGUGCAAUUCACGCUCUUUGAACAGCGAGUCUCGGACAUUGCCUCACUACUUCAGUAUUGUUACGAGCACACGGCGGAACGCGAAGGAUCAACGGACGACUUACGAUCCCUUAUCACUCGUUAUGUUUGCUGUAACUUGGAGAGUAUGAUGAAAGAUGAGACAUUCAGGAGGACAAUGAAGGGUGAUCAUGUAUCAUCAUGGGACAUAUUGAACCAAGUACUUCAUAGAUUGAAUUGA